AUGUCGCCAACAUUUUCUCAGCCAGUCAGCCACACCUGGCCCCCACAUCUCUUUCUCAAGAUCGACACUGGCUAGCCCGCUCGUCCUCACUUUUGCUUCCUUUUCUCCUCACAGGACGUCUCCAUUCGUAUAUCCCAACUUGCCUCGGCCGUAACGGAAUCGCGACGUGCGCACGCGACGGCCCUACACAUCUACCGAGUCUCACUCAAGGACGUGCUCGCGCGCGAACAGGCGCUGAAGACCGUCGUGCGAGAUCGAGAAAUCCUCGUUGGCAAGUUGAUGAAGUUGGGCAACAAGAAGCCCAACGACUCGGCGUUGCAUAGUCACCAGGCCAAGCUGGACGAUGCGCAGAGGGAGUUGACCGCGUGCGAGAGUGAGUCCGCGAGAUUUUGGGCUCACCUGGCCGACGUGAACGGGUUGACUGAUCGUUUAUUCUUGCUCUGGCAGCCUAUCUUCAGGACGAGGAGAUUGCACUUAGUCAUGCCAAGCGUCAGACCUUCCGAGUGGCUUUGGCAGAGCGAAUGGUCAGCCUGGGCGAACUCGGGCGAGUGAUGGAUGAGAGUGCACACGAGAGCCACGGCCUCCUGGUUGCGUUGGGGCAGGACGGAGAAGGCGACGCACCUCGUGAGUUGUGGCAGAAGAUGGCAACCUGGACCUCCAGCCCUGGAGCUGACGCCUCGUGACGGUUCAUUGUGGCUUCACAGACUUUAGUCGGUUCGAGAACCGUGACGACGUAUCCAUUGCCAGCGACUCUAUAACCCCUUCUCAUUCGGCGUCACAGGCCAUGUCUCGAUCGUCGUCCUCAUCAUCUCUCGAGGAUCAGAUCGUCGAACAAGGCAUGCUUCGCCCCUCGAGUCGAGCCCACGCAAAUGCGAGCACCGCAGUGGAGAGGGCGGCUUCGCCGCAUCGCGCCAAGUCGCCCACGUUUGCACUUGGACCCAUCGCUAGUGGUGCUCCUCCGGAUCGACUCGUCUCCAGGCAACCGACCGUUCGCGCAUCCGCGCCACCGACACCUCGUCCCAUCCUUGGACCGGUCCCUACCGCUCCCCGACCGGUCUCGGCCUACCUCGCUGAACAGGCCGCUGCGGCUACGGCUUUGCCAACUUUCGAGAUCCCGAAAGCUCCGACGAACGUUGCGACUCGCCGCCCGACUGACGAUUCGUCUGACGAGGAGGAGACGCAUGGUUUCGUCGCUCACCAGAACGGUCUGGCCCGUACACAACGCUCGGCUCACUACCCUAACGAUAUGCCGACUUCGACGUCGUACGUGGCGAAUCGAUUGCAGCGACAUGCGCCGCCAAGCGAUACGAGUUCGCUUGUCGGUGGUUCCAAAGUCAGCAAGCGUCGUGGAUCCAUUUUUGGAGGGCUCGCAGCGCUGUUCAAGAAGAAGGAGCGCCGCGUCGACGAUUUGGCGGCGAGGUCCGCCGUCAUGGGUAGCAAUUCGUGGGACACGCGCAUCGAUCGCAACGUCUUUGUCGCGCCGAAGGGGGCGAGCAGUGGGCGAGCGGCAUCGGUUGCGCCGAGUCGUCUCCGCCCAGGCAACGACUCUUCCGACGACGAACCGACGCAGAGGAAUUUGGUGCGCGUCGUCAACGAUCCCAAGAUGCGUGCCAAGGCCAUGAGCGAUCUCGGUCGCUCCAGGGCGGCGAGUCUGCAUACUGUGACGACCACAACAGUCAAGAAGAAGAAGACGACCAAACGCGCCAGCAAGGCCGCAAGUGAUUUCGGCACGGUCUCGCCCUCAACGAUGCCCAUCAACUACCCGAACCAGUCCUUCCUCGCUCGACCUGUUCCCACCGUGAUAAGUCCUCCAGCUGAGGAGACACCUAUCAAGAAGAAGAAGAAGAAGAAGGCGUCGUCGGGUGAAGGGGCCGCUACGAUCGUGCUUUCCGCAGAGAAACUCGGCAUCCCCACCAAUGCAGAAUCCUCAACGGCGACGCGACCGAGCAAGCUGUCGAGGAGCAACACUGUGAUGUCCAAUGCGACGGUCGCGACGGCGACGACUCGUACGGUCAAGAAGAAGAAGAAGAAGGUCGUAGAAGAAGGCGCCCCUGCUGUUCCCGCGGUUCCUUCGACUGCGAAGAUUCAACCUGUGCCCACGGCGACCGACCUCGCGGCUUCGUUACCGUCUGCUCGUGGUACCGUGUACGACACUCUUACCUCGCCCUUGCCUCUGCCGAAUGGGACGCCGUCUCCUCGCCCCAGCUCACCGGCUCCGGUCGAUGCGGCACCAAAGGCGAACAAGAUUCCCAGAGGGCUAGCCGAGGCCGGGAAACGCACCAAGAAGGAAUCGGCUUUGCACGGCAACGGAACCUGGGUUAGCCACCCGAGCACCGCGACGGUCUUGCCGAAGAAGGCUGGUCACGCAGGAGAGAGCCAGGAAAGCAUGAUGAGCGUCGUUGAUCGUGCCGAGGCCGAAGCUGUUGCUGAGCCUUCGCGCAAAUAUGGCUCGGCGACGGCAACGACGAUGCAACGCGACGUGUCGAGUUCGGGGACGCCGGGCGCACUUGCCAAGAGGAAGUCGGUGCGAUUGACCGAGGAUCAGCCUUCGCCGUCGGCACACCAGGCCAUGUCCUCGCCUGCUUCUUCCAUCCGAUCAGGUCAAGGAGCCGCGCCACGCCAUGGCAUUCUCCUCAACAGCAACCCUCCAAACGGGCAUGCGCAAGGCGGGUCGGAUGUUGGCGCCUCAAGCACGUGGAGCACUCGAGUUCCUCCUUCGCGAACGGUCGAUGACAGUUCUGACGAGGACGAAGAUGCGGUCGCUUACAAAAAGGCCCGCAAGGCCUUCUCGAAAGCCCUCAAAGAUAAGGGCAAGGGCAAGGCCGUGGAACAGUGA